AUGGACGAAGCGGUCAACUCGAAUGACGACUCUGACCAAAGUGUUGUCGUGAUUGCUCAGCAGGAUUGGGUAAUCAUUAGCACCACUGACACCAUCGACGACCAACAGCAACCACACUCAACGGCUUUUCCGAGCGGUCACAACAAGAUGGGCGUUCGUGGCUUGGGUGAGGCGCGCAUCUCAACCUUGUCCUAG